GCCAUGAUUGAAGCUUCAGUUUUUUGACUGCUUCAUAGCAUUUCCAAAUUGUUCGUCUUCCUGUUGACAUUGUUUUUUUUUUUGCCUGCACAAUGUCCGCUCCAGAGAGCAGUUGUCGGCGCGUGAUCCUCAAAAAUUGGGUCGAUGGUCCAUGCCGGAAGUGCUUCGUGCCCUCCUGCGGACCGUGCAUCGACUACAAAGUAACAUCGCCCUCGGGAAGCGUAGUCGAGCCGCAGGCAAAUGUCAUACAGGCCACCAUCGAGCCGGACGGACCCGUGCGGCCAGAGAUCAACAUCCGGGCGGAGUGCAGCAAGGGUCGUCCGCUCCUGGAGUCCGACAAGGAUAAGCUGAGGUGCUGCACCAUGUGCGUGGCCCAGGAGCAGAACAUCCAGCCCAAUCUCUGCUCGGCGGCGUGUAGACCCCUGCACACCAAUUUACACCUGAGCGAGUGGACCAAGCGACCCUUGCCAAAACCCACCUACAAGCAUUCGGUUAUCCUGGACAAUAACACCAUGGUAGGUCGGUGCUUUCCGAUCAAGUUCCAGCUGAAACGCAUGAAGAACAAGUGCCUGGAUUGCGGCAAGGAUCUCUACUUCCGGUAUCCCAUUGCAAGCAAUAGCGACCUGCUGCUUAUAAAAAACUGUUGCGAUGUAGAAGUCUACCCCGCCAUGAAGGUGGAGAAUAUGAACAAUGUAAGAGUGACCAAGAUAUCGGGGGUCAAGAAGUUUGCCAACAGUCUGCUGAAGGAGCGCUCCGAGUGCCGACUGUUCAGCCUGCCCGUCCAGCAAGAACCGUCGUUGGAUGUGAUUAGCAGAAGAAGUACUAGAAAGAGCAGGAAGAGUACCAGAAAGAGCAGGAAGAGUACCAGGAUGAGCCGGAAGAGUACCAGGGCCAGCAGGAAAAGCAGGAAGAGCAGUAACAAAUGAAAUAAAACAUAAAAA